GCAAUAUCCCACUCGCCGUUGCACGUUGCCCUAAGCCGAACACACUAUUCCUCGCGCCUCAAUCCAUCCGCACGGUGCCGGUGAAUCCCACGAGCUCCACGUACAUGUGCCACAAGAAAAACCCCGAAUAAGUAAUUUUUCUCGAUCGGAUUUUCCGAUUGAAAUGUGAGGUUCCUGCGGCCGCUUACAAGCGGUGUUAUGUGCGGUGUUUGGAUUGCUUUUUGGCUAUUAGCCACUUCGUCGGUGCUUAACGAAGUUAAAUCCAGCGAGUUUCCCGAAAGAGAAUGUUGCGACUUGCCAUCGCCUCAGCCUACCGUUCCUCCGACGACCGCUCAAGCAACUCUUUCCACUGCAAAGCCAGGCCCAAACACAAAAACGACCAUAGCAAUUUUGAAUUGCCUUUUGGCUCGCCAACUUUGUUUUGAAGAUGCAGCCUGUUCAGCCAUUCUUGAAAUUAUACCAAGAGUCUGUGGACCGGAAUUAGUUGCAUGUUCAACAGUCACAGUAACCAAAUGCCAGGCUGCAUUGCGCACUCUGCAAGCGUUCCCGUUUUUCAAACCAACGUGCUUAUGCAGGGAGCCGCACGUGGACCCAGAGUGCAACUCCUUCAGGGACUUCCUCUUUGACCAUCCCUGCGUCUUUGUCACCAAAAAAGAGAAGGACCCUUAUCCUGUGGACGCGUUACCGACUUGCAAUCACGCUUUGUCCGUUUGCCAGCAAGAAAGAAAAUGCAUAAAGCUAUACGAAGACUUUAAAUCUAACUGCAAAGUCAGAGAUAAUAAAUGCCGGAUGGAGGACAGGGACAUUUGCCAUGAAUCGUGGACGAAUCUGCGAAAGUCGCCGAUGUUCGGAUGCAUAUGCCCGAACAAUCACAUGAAAAAACGAUGCGACCGUAUUUUCACGAUGGUGAACCACAACCCGUGCGUCGAUAUUUUAACACACGGCACCAGUUUUGGCACAGUCGCAAGCAUCAUCAUCGGCACUUAUAAAACGCACUUGGUAGAAGAAUCGCUCUACACAUCCUCCUCCGUUCAGUCUUCGGAGAUUGACGGCGACCUUGCGACGGACUAUGUCGCUUUUGACAAUACGUCUACCUCGCUUGAUUAUGGGCUAGGCAAUGCUAUUGUCGAAAAUCCGCUUGUUGACGCGGUGAACGGGCAAGAGGCACAUGCCGGCUUUGACCAUAUCAGCGUCACUGUGCUCAGAAACAAGGACAAAUCUCAUCUGAGCAAUACCAUCAACUCCUAUACGUAUCCGGAGGAGGACCAACAACCCAUCAACAGCCAUCAAAAAUAUCCAAGUUCGACAGAUCAAUCUGAGUCGAACGAAGUGGGUAAAAUAGUGUUUCAAAGCACAUGCCACGUGGCGAUGGAAAGCUGCAAUAACAACUACCAUUGUAGAAUGUUGCUGGCCCCCAUUUUACAUCACUGCGAUAUUUCACGUUGCAAUAGAAACUCUUGUAUGGAGGCACUUCAAACUUUUUACGGCAAACCAGACUUCCCUUGGAACGUCGAGAUCGCCUUUUGUCUUUGCAAGAAGACAGACAACAAGCAGGAUGCUUGUUUAGUGGCGCAGGAAAAAUUGCACCCGGUGUGCGCUCAAAGGAUUGAAGGAUCUCCACAACCCACUUGCCUGUACUUGGCAGAAGUUUGCAGAGAAAACAAGGAUUGUAGAACAAGAUUGGAAUAUUAUGAGCAGACGUGUGCGGUGGACAGUGUAACGAAAAAAUGCGCCGGUUCGCCCUCUGAAUGUAGAGCAGCUAUUUUAGGGAUAUUAGGCACAGAUUUAAGAACGACAUGUGCAUGCAAAGGUACCGAUAUGACCCAACUGUACGAGUGUCUCGGAUGGCAGAGACUUUUAUGGGUAAACCCAUGUGUCGUCGAAUCGCAGAAAAAUUUCCACAUGAAAAAGGCUCUCGAACAGAGCCACUUCACAACACACAGACCACCAACAACUCCGGCACCCAUUAUCCGAACCAGACCGACACCCGUGCAAAAAAUCACCAUCUUGUCGGCCACGGAAGCUUCGCUACACACAAGGGAAAACACCAUUGCCCAAUUCAUACCCCCUCCACAACCAACUACAACCAGUACUACCACCACCACAACAACAACCACCACCACCACUACAACAACUACUACUACUACUACCACUCCGGCUCCGACCACAUCUACAUUACCUCCACGAUCUUGCGUUGUUCAAAGGCCACAAUUCCCCAAUCAGUACAUAAGAGAAGGGACAUUUAAAAGGAUCUACCAUGAAGACGAAUUCGAGUGUUCGGACGUGUGUGAAUGCGAACUAGGAGAAAAACUAACCUGCAAGACCAUAUGCAUCGAUAGAAUGCCGUGCAAAACCGAGUUCGCUUACUAUAACCACGCAGCACCAGCCUACCAAGCAUUCCGUGGACGAUGUCUCUGCUAUUCUGGAAGAUUCAUCUGCAUGAAACCCUUACCUGGCGACUACACCCUUCCACAAGGAAUAUUCCUUUUCCUUGGAUACAGCGAAGUGGACGAAAGGGAGCUAAACAAGAAUCACACUCUCGUUGUUAUACAGGACAUUGUAAGGGUUUUGCAGAGUUUUAUUAAGGAGGAAGCUGUAAAUGGGACUCUGUGUGUUCUGGAGUUUUUCAAUGCGACCAGGGAGAAUGUCAUACUGGCCGGCAAAUUAGCAGAAGAAGUUGAUUAUUCAAAACUAUCUCCGAUGGAAAUUUUGAUUAAAGAGAAGGAGGAGUGUGCGGAAUUUUUAGAGCUCAUAAGCGACCGGAUUAACUCGCGGAAUGGCGAUUUUAUUUCUCAUCUGCUGCUGUCGAUUUUCAAGAUGGCGGAAGUGGAGAUCAUACAGCCUGAGCCGACAUCUUUGUCGAAUCGGAACACGGCAACAUUUGCGUUGUUGCUUUUCCUGGCGAUUUUACAAAAUUUGUUCCUAUCGUCGUGACAAUGAUUAUCGCUUGGUAAAUAUUAGGAUUUUGUACUACAGUCUUUUGGGGAGGAAAUUUUUGCCAAACAAAAAAUAAUCAUUCGGAAAGCUGUACAUAUCAUUGUUGAUUACUAAUAUUAAUUUGUUAUAAGUAUAGGGACUAAUUUUGAAUCACAGACUGUCUAUGUGGCGUUGCUCAGAAUUUUUAAAUUGAAACAACUUUUGUAGGGGUUUAUGACUUCUUAUCGGAAGUGCUGAGGCUUUAAAAACUUUACUGUGCUAAGAAAAAAACACGGUGCGUUUACGCGCGUUAGAAGUUAUACUUCUUUGGUGUAACUACAAAAAAAUUUCUUCCGAAAAAAUGCAAUUGGGUUUUUGGAAAUUUUGGUACACUCAUAUCGAUUUUAUUAGACUGUCAACUUUCGUUGGCUGUGCGUGCGCAACUUCCAUUGGCUUUGUGCGCGCGCAACAUUUGUUGCGCCAAAAGAAGUGUAACUUCAAAAGUAUAACUAAAAAAAAUACUAUAGAAUCUGUAAGUCUUCCUAUGUGAGUUUGACAUCUUACUCAUCUUUACAGAGUAUAUACUAUGAUUUACAUAAGCUUCUGUUGUGUCAUAGCUUACAUAUAACCGAUACAUAUCAUCGUUGUAGCUCUAAAUUAUUUCUUGAAUACACCAAUAUUUUAUUGUUGUAUUAUAUUUUGUAUAAUUUUUUCAAUGUUCUUCAUAAUUUUAAAUAAAUAUUAUAAGGUAGAUAAUUAUUAUAACAGGAAUAAGUAAAUAAAUCACCCUCGUGGAAAUUUUUCUCUGAAAAACUCAUCUUCUGGAAGAGUUAUUCUGACUUAAUAAAACUUGGAAUUCAUUAGAUAUAGUGUAUUUGAAAAUACGAAAAAAAAUAUUUAUGAAAAUUGUUUCUGUGUUGUUAUAAGGCUUAUAAAAACACAGAAGCAAUUUUUACAAUAAGGCAAGUUUACUUCAAUUCAUAACAAUAAAACAGUGUUGAUUACAUAACUAUAACAAUUAUAUUUUGUAAUAUUUUUCUCAGUUUUUCGGCAAAAAAAUUUCACAAGGGCAAUGUUGAAUUUUGAGAUCUCUAAUUAAAUAAUAAAUAUGUUCAUUAAAUUCACAGGGUUGAACCAAAUAAUAAGCUAAAAAAUCUGUUAUAGUAUCAAUUAAUGUAUUUAUGGUGUUAAAUAAAUGUGUUAGUCCAGGGUUAGAACCUUGUGGCACCCUAACGCUUACAGCAGACUUCCUUUUAGCGAAAAAUUAUUUUUGUAAAUUCUAAAAUAAGAUUGAAGAAAACUAAGGAAUUUUUGCAAUUUUUGGAUGGUUUCUCGAUAAAAAAAACAUGUUGUACAUAAGACCUAUAGAUUAGAUAUCUACAAAUAACGAAUUUUUGUAUGUUAUUAGUUGAUUUAGUUAAAUAAAGGUAAGUGUGUAAAAAAUCAUAAAACUGAAGAACAUUGAAUACUUGUAAUGACUGAACCAUAAAAAUAAACAUAUCAUUUGUGUAAUAAAUGUAUUAAAUUAAUAGGUAUAAUUUAGGUAUAAAAUAAAUGAUGGUAAAUUAAGAAAAGCACUAGGUACCUACCCUAUAGAAAGUCACUUUGUUAUAUACACACAAAUGCUUAAAAAUGUUACCCUGAGAUAUCUACAUACUCAAUUUGUUAAAAAAUUUAUUUGCUAGCACGUCUGAACAGAGAAAAUAAUAUUUGUUCCAAAUAAAGGAAUCCACACACCAAUCUUCGGUAGGUCGGUGUGCGGACGCCUUUACCUCGAAAACGUAGAUUGGGUGAUUUUUAGGAUAGCUAGCGUUGAAUUGUGAUAGAAAUGAAUAAUUUUUAGAAUAACCCGUCCAAAAUGAGCAGUUCACUCGUGCUAAGCAUUUCUAGCUUAAAAAUUAAAUUAAUUUGAUAUACAGAAUGUUUGUAAAAUACUUUUUACAAUUUUUUGUAAGCUCUAUGAGUCAAAUUUAAACUAUCUAAGCUGUUUUCCUUAUUUUAUCCCUAUAAUUUUCUAUUUGAUUUAUUUUCAUGUAAAUACUAUAAUACUAUCUUAAGAUACUCGUUAGACUGAAAAUGUUUUGUGGUAUAUCACUAAAUAUAAAUAGUCAAGAAUCUAGAACGCUUUAUAUUUAAAACAACCUAAACACAAUGGGUUUACAAUGUGCUUGUUUUGCUUAACUAAAUUAGGAAAUUGAUGCACAAAUUCAGUUCAAAAAGUUUACGUUAGUAAUCCUUAUUUAUAUAAUUAAUUUACGCUUAGACAAUGUAAAAUAAAAUGUUGUUU